AGAGAAUGAGGCGUCAGGCGUCAGUCGUCUGGACGGAUGGACCGGCCAGUCAGCGGAGGAACACGAAAAACGAUAUUGCAUCGCUAAAUAUAAUAUAGUGAGGUACGCGGUUCUACUAUCUCCUACGGUUAUAAGAGGCAGUAUAACGGCGAUGGCGGUGGUCAUCAUUUGAGAUAUCCACAUUGUUGUCCUCGUCGCCUUAAUCAAUAAUCAUUUAUGCGAAUAUAACUGCUGUGUCUCUUGCGAAGGCCGAUUGUGGAAAACGGGGUGGUCAAUGUGUUACAGGCAUACACACAAGAGCAUAUUCGUAACUAAGGUAUCUAAUAAUAUAAGUGAGAUAUCUAAGUAAGAUAUCUAACAAUAAGUGUCUCUUGGUUUUGGGGUUACGAUAUUUUUGACGAAGCUUCUUCACUCAGUCGAUUUUGCCGAUAGUCGUCAUUACUAUUGAGACAUAGAGAUGAGUAUUCAGAAGUCUGAAGAUCUCUUGUCAGUAGUUAUAUCAGCUGAACUUUCACCGUCUUCGAAUUCACAAGAAAUGUUUAUAAAUCAAGAUCAACAGGAUGAAGAAGCAUCUGAUUGUCCUUUAUUAACACCUAGUCCACCACCUAUACAAAUGGAUAAAACUCCACAAUUGACGCCAAUAUUCAAUGCUCUGGAAAGCGCUUCAUUAGAGAUGAUAUCCGCACCAACGCUUGAGAAUAUUAAUACGGAAGAUGGACUUAACUUCAUGAAUAUAGUGAAUAGUUCGAGUAAACCUUUAAACGAUGAACCGAGUUCACGCGAUCCCAUGGUAGAAUCCACUAGCAGCGGUAGCAGUAGUGAUACAAACGAACCCGUUUGCGCACAAUUGUUAACACAAUUGAAUACUGCCUACCAGCAUCUUGCACCGGAUGCUCAAGCUUUAUUUUACAACCAGGAGAACGGUGGUAAGCCACCGCUCGUUGGGAUUCAAUUGGUGGUGCCGAAGCCGCCCAAAGACUAUCGCUUUAUGAAAUGGAAUUGGUCGCUGAUACGGAAGACGUGCUACUGGACACUGAUGUCGAUAUUGAUCGGAUGCGCUGCCCUCGUUGUUGGUAUUAUUGCUACAAUGCCUAAGAAAUGUGACCCUCCGGUGGAAUGGUGGCAAGGCAGCACUUUCUACGAGAUAUUUCCGGCAUCCUUUCAGGACUCGACGAAAGGAGCCGAUGGAAUCGGCGAUUUGCGUGGAAUAAUUAUGCGGCUAGAUUAUUUAAAAGAGCUCGGAGUGCGAGCUAUUCGAUUAAAUUCGAUAUUUCCAGCGUCGCAUUAUCCAGAAUAUUACUCGAAAAUCAGUAAUAUGAUGGACGUGAAUAAAGACCUGGGUACACUAGAAGAUUUUUCUGUUCUUGUACGCGAAAUCCAAAAACGGAAUAUGAGUAUAGUUCUGGAUUUGCCUUUAUAUCCGUUCGUAAAGAACUUGAGCAAUCAAUCGGUAUCUAUAGCGAAAGUGAACGGAACUGUAUGGUUUCGAGAUAAGCGAGAUACCGCGAAUGAUCGAGUUCGCGAGCCAUCCGCACUACCUGCAUCAGUCGAAACUAUUCGUGAUGUCUUAUCAUCUAUACCACCAUCGCUAAAGAAGGCGAGAAGGGAAGUAUCCUCGUCGAGUCAUUCAAAUCACCAAGAAGAUCCCAUUAGUGAGGCUAUCAAAUUUUGGCAGUUGAGAGGAGUGAACGGUUUCUAUCUACAGGGAUUGGAACAUUACGUCGAUGAAGACACAUUCGUGAAGAGCCUCAUAUAUUGGAAGUCUCUCCUACAUCCGAACAAUAUUUUCAUUUGUCAUAUGGAAGUCCUAAAGACCGCUACCUCCAUCAGUGCAAAAAACUCCAUCCUAUCUAGAAUAAAUUUACUUGAUGUGACUCUUCGUUUGACGAAUAGUACUAUGGAUAUCAAGACACAAAUAGAGCAAGUCACGAAGGGUACACUUUUCGAUAAACCUGCUUACCCGUGGAUACAUUGGUCCGUAGGCGGUGUAAACACCAGUAGAGUAGCCUCUACCAUAAACGUUAAGAACGCAAGCGUGGCGGCUUCUCUUCUUAGCAUGAUGCUACCUGGAACACCCAGUAUAUUCUACGGAGAUGAGAUAGGUAUCGAAGAUUGUGAAUGUCAGGAUCACAAAGAUUUGGCACACGUGCAUAAUCUAGUUCCUAUGUAUUGGGAGAAGAAGGACAGUCCAGGUAGCAGUUUUUCAUCUUUAGGAAUUACCACCUGGUUGCCAGAAGCUGGGAAACCCAUGGAAACUAGUUUGAUAGGCACUGUUAGAGAAAUGGCAAGACUAAGAGCGGAAACUACACCCAUUUACGUUAAAACGGUGUUAAGAGAAGGUCAAAUUAAGGCAAACUGUGAUGUUAGAUAUGUUGAAGAUGAAAUGAUCGUGAUUGAGCGAUGGUAUCCACGAAGAAAUUCCUAUGUACUUGUUGCAAAUUUUGGCAACGAGACGCGCAUGAAGGAUUUAUCAUUCCUUUAUUAUGGUGGUCAUGUUGUUGUAGGACCAACUUAUAGAAUGAAUCGAGAUGUGUAUUUCAAAGAACUCAUUGUCCUACCCGGAGAAGCAUUUGUUAUAAAAUUGGAUAAAUGAGAAAGUAUGUCUCAAUUAAGAUAUACUGCUGAGUAAUGUUAGAUUAAAUUUUUAUUUUUAUUAUGUGAAACAAUUGCUUAAUACAAUUGUUACGAUAGCAAUUAAAAUAUAUAUACAACAAUAACAUUAAAAAUAUAUAGAUACCUGUCGCUACGGAAUGAAAAAAUAUUUCUAAAAAAUUUUUAUAUAUAUAUCCUAUAAAAUUUUUUUCUACAAAAUUUUUUAAAAGUUUGUAAUUAUUGGUUUUAAUAGACAUGAUGUUUGGAUGACUUUCAUUUCGAUUUAAUAUUGAUUUCGAUUUUCGAAAAUUGGUUUAAGAAAUGGGAGAAUGAAUUUUCAGCAUUGAUAUAAAAUAGCUUUGCUUCAAAAAGAUGUAAAUCCAUGUGAAACUUCAUUAUUAUAGAUCUCGUUUCGUGCACUAAAAACACUAAGCGAUGUAUGAAAAUUAUCGGGAAAUUAUUUAAAUAUUUUAUAAUUUUUCAAAGGAUAUUAAGUGAGAAAACUGGCAAAUAAGAGCCAAAACGCGGUUAUUAGUGCGCAAAUUUUUUGUUUCCUUUAAUUUCGUUGGCAAGUAUGCAUUAAAUAUGUAAGUUCCGAACCGUUUUUAGCCUAUCUUCAGCAUAGGAUAACAAUAUAUAAAAAUUAAAUUCGUAUUUAUUGAACCUUACAUGCGCAAUAUUAGUUGUUACAAUCGACAAUCAAAUUACAAUCGAUAAGUGAUAAGUGACAUUGAAAAAUGACUUAUUAAAGUCCGAGUAGAGUCUGCGCAUAUUAGUCAACAAUGUCAUCGUUACGUGUGUAUUUGUCGAUGGUCUAAACCGUAAUGAAAUAAUGGAGUAAUGAUAUAGUGCCAAAAUCGGCCAACCACAAUCACUCCUUUCUUCAAAGGAGUAGCUGCGAUUGGCCAGCUUCAAAAUCAUGGAUGUUUUUUUUAAUUCUAAGAACCACGCUUCAGCUCUUAUUUGCCAGUUUUUCCUCAUCUAGUAUCGUUAGUAUUCUGAGCCUAUUGCUGUUAUUAUUUAAUUUUUCAGACACAAUUUUUGCUUAAGACCAAAAUCAUUGAUUCAUAGUAGUCAAGAUUGACGUUGAGAUUUGAAGUGAAGAUUCUCUAACGAUAAGUUGUGUUCAUUAAAACAAAUAAUUAUCAAAAUUUUUUAAUUAUACAAAGAUAUAAUGCUAAAACUAAGAAAUUAAGAAGCAGAUGAAAAAGGCAGCAACCAAUUAAAUCGCAAUGACUAAUAUAAAUAAUGUGUUUAUAGUAGCAGUAUAAAUUUGAUUAUUUUAUAUUAAUAUUUAUAUCAAAAUAUUAAGCCUUAAUAAACAAAUUUUUAUGUAGAUCAUCUAUAUGUGAAUAAAAGCGACUUGAUGUGUGUGAUUGUGUC